GUCUUCCCAACUUACGUUCAGGUGUAACUGCGUGACCAGCUCUCUAUAGUGAAAUGCAGUGCCGCUUCUUGAGCUGGCGAUUAUCCUAUCUUAGAUAGCCCCAGCCAACCUGACAUGCAGCUCAAGUAGUACCGCUCGAAUCAAAGCAUGAGUUUCGCGAUAAGAUAUCCGGCUCAGCCAAUGGGCUCCCGCAUUCCCCGUCGGGUUCCUCUUUAUCAAGCGACAAGAGAUUCGUGGGCAAACCACAUACUGUACGACUUUCCCGUCGGUGGACCAGACAUCAUGGUCUAUAUCUUGUCGCCAUUGACAGACCCAGGAUGAGUGUUAACAAUCAGUUUGUCUAUUGUUCCAGACCUGUCCUUGGUGUACCCAUAACCCCAGAAGCCUAGCCGAUACUCCACUUGAACUAAACACCAUGGCUCCAAUGCUUGAGGAUAACUCGACAUCUACAAACAUCACCUCCAAGUCCCAUGAUAAGCCUACACUUUACAGCAAUGUCGACGAGGAACAGCUCAAGGCCACCGCCGAAGAGCGUCUUGCCAACUAUGGCACCAAAUUCGAAAAGGAUAUCAUAACAGGCAGUAAAGGCCUGUAUGUGUUUACCGCAAAUGGCCACAAAGUACUAGACUGGACCUCCGGGCAGAUGUCAUGUCUGAUAGGACAUGGACAUCCGGAAAUCGUGUCUACCAUCCAUGACCACGCAGCACAGUUGGACCAUUUGUUUUCCGGCAUGCUGUCGCCGCCAGUCAUCAACCUUGCCCAACGCCUUACGUCCGUUCUACCCAAGGGGCUUGACAAGGCUUUCUUUUUGUCGACCGGUGGCGAGUCGAACGAGGCAGCCAUCAAGAUGGCCAAGGUGUACACCGGCAAGUUCGAGAUUGUCGGGCUUGGAGCAAGCUGGCACGGAGUAACUGCUCAGGCAUUGGGUACCCAAUACCACUUUGGACGCAAAGGUCAGGGACCGCUAAUGCCAGGAAUGCACAUGCUUCCACCGCCGAACUCAUAUCGGUCGAUUUUCCGCAAGCCAGACGGCUCGUACGACUGGGAGACCGAGCUUGAUUAUGGCUGGGAUCUGAUUGACAGAGCCUCGUGUGGAUCUUUGGCCGCCUGCAUCGUCGAAUGCAUCCAGUCCUCGGCAGGCAUGCAUGUCCUCCCUCCUGGUUACCUCAAGGCGUUGAAGAAGCACUGCGAGAAACGCGGUAUGUUGCUCAUCGUCGACGAAGCUCAGACUGGCAUUGGCCGCUGCGGUGACUUGUUCGCCAUCAACCACGAAGAUGUGGUCCCAGAUAUCCUGACACUGAGCAAGACGCUGGGCAAUGGUCUCCCGCUCAGCGCUGUGGUUAUGAGCUCCGAGAUUGAGCGUGUGUGCACCGAGCGCGACUUCUGCUUCUAUACCACGCAUGUCAACGAUCCUCUGCCGGCUGCUGUGGGAGACAAAGUUCUCGAGAUUGUGCUGAGAGACAAUCUGGUUGAAAACUCGCGCAAGAUGGGCCAGCACCUGCGAGCCGGAUUGGAAAAGCUGAAGAGCAGAUAUGGUUGUAUAGGAGAUGUGCGAGGCCGGGGUCUGAUGGCAGGUGUUGAAAUCGUGAGUGACAGAGAAACCAAAGCCCCUGCUGUCGAGCUUGGAAGGAAAUUAGCCAAUAAGAUGUACGAGCUGGGCUUGUGGGCAAACCUCAGCAGUCACUCCAGCUUCUCCGGUGUGUUCAGAAUUGCACCUCCUAUUGUCAUCACCAAGGAGCAGCUGGAUCAAGGCUUGGAGAUUAUGGAGCGGGCCUUUAGCGAGACAGAGGGCAGUAUGCCGCUGUAUUGAUCUCAGUCCUCGGAAAUGGAGAUCACAAGGUAGAACAAACAUGUAGACAUGAGUUAUCCAUCAGAUCUCUCCGUCC